GUCAUUUACAGAAAGAAGCGACAUCUCGAAAGCGAGCUCCUGACCAAACAAACAAACAGUACUAGUGCCUUGCAGAAGGAAGGCAUAAGCGACAACCUCACAUCGAUCAAGGAAACAACACCCCGCCUGGAUUUCAACCAUGGCCUCCCGCCGCCAACGCUCCGACUCCCUUGACGACGACGACUCCUUCAGCGACGAAGAUCUCGACUUCAUCAACUCUCAAGCCACAGACGACAGUAUCAGCAUGUCAUCUUCACAACAAGACCUCUCCUUCGCCAGCAGCAGGGGCAGCAAUGGCACGCCCAAGAACAAGAACAACACAGAUGUUGUUGACUUGACGGCUAGCAGCCCGACUACACCGAGCCAUCCUUUUUCCGGCAAACGGGAAGAGUUUAACCUUGGAGGGAUGACCAUCCACGGCCUCGGCCAGGACCACGCCUCCACACCCAUCCCCAAAUUCGGCCAGCCCACACAGCUAGUAUCCCAGUUCACGCCCGUCAACACCAGCAACAACACCAAGAAGGCUGCCAGCCGAAGCGGCGGAGGAAAUGAAAACAAACAUGCCUUGAACCCGUCUCCUCACGGCAACGGUGGUCUCGGCGCCAGCAGCCACGCCAUCGGCGGAUCCAAGUACAACAACCUCUUCAACGACCGGGGCAAGAACCGACCGGAAUUUCACAAGGACUUGUACAGAUCUAGCGGACCUCUCAAGGCCAAUGCCCCACCGGCGAAGCCGUCGUCGACGACGGAAAUCAAGAGGAACAGCAUGGGCAUGCAGCUGUUCAGCUCGUUGGAUGUGGAUCCGCCGGCACCGCCACCUUUGCAGCCGGGUAGGGGCACGGCUUCGAAAGGGGCUGCGGCGGCGUUUGGGGAGAAUGUGUUUUAUACUGAUCCCGACAAGGCGAAGGAGGAUCUGAAGGCGUUGUUGGAGGGUGGGUUGGAUGAUGAGGAGAGCGAGGAUGAAGGAGCUAAGGCGAAGACGAAGGGUGCCGUGUCAGAGUCAAAGAAGAAGGAGGAGUCGAUUGUUUCUUCUACUGGACAUCUAGCUGGCCUUGCUGUCCCUUUGCUGCCGCAUCAGGUUGAGGGUGUCAGAUGGAUGAUUAACCGCGAGCUUGGCCCUCUGAAGCGCGGCCGUGUUCCCAAGGGUGGACUCCUGGCAGAUGAUAUGGGUUUGGGCAAGACAUUGCAGUCCAUUUCCUUGAUCAUCGGCAACCGAAAACCCGCCUCGUCCUCGGCUCUGGGCUGGAAAGUCCACUUCAAGGACAUCAGCAAAGCCACACUCGUCGUUGCGCCACUGGCUCUCAUCCGACAAUGGGAGGCCGAACUGAAGGAUCGCGUCAUGCCCGACUUGAACAUCAAAGUAUGCGUUCAUCACGGCCCAAAGCGUUCUACAACUCCCUCCGAACUCACCAAAUAUGAUGUUGUCAUCACCACCUACCAAAUCCUCGUGUCAGAGCACGACAAGUCUCACCCUGACCCCAACAAGGGCGCGCAAGCAGGCUGCUUCGGCGUACACUGGUUCCGCGUCAUUCUAGACGAGGCGCAUAGCAUCAAAAACCGCAACACCAAAGCGGCCAAAGCAUGCUGUGCCUUGCGCUCCGAGUACCGCUGGUGUCUGACUGGCACGCCGAUGCAGAACAACCUCGACGAGCUACAAUCUCUCAUCCACUUCCUGCGCAUCGCGCCCUACGACAACCUAGCCGAGUGGCGAGCCCAGAUCGACGCGCCCAUGAAGCAAGGCAAGGGCCACAUCGCCAUCCAACGCCUCCACAGCAUUCUCCGCUGCUUCAUGAAGCGCCGCACCAAGGAAGUUCUCACCGAAAAGGGCGCCCUCGUGGCCGGCGGCAAGGAAGCCCUCGCCAAGGCCGAAGAGAAGGGCGAGAAGGCGCCCGAAGCCGCCUUCAAGGUCACGGAGCGCAAGGUCGUCACCAUCGAAACGGAGUUCAGCCCGGCCGAAAAGGCCUUCUACAAGGCCUUGGAGGAGCGAGCCGACCAGAGUCUCGAGAAGAUGAUGAAGGGCCGCACGGUCAACUACGCCAACGCGCUCGUGCUGUUGUUGCGGCUGAGGCAGGCUUGUAAUCACCCUAGGUUGGCGCAGACGAAGCUUGACAAGGACCGGGACGCGUUGUCGGUGGAUUCGGCGACUGCACCGACGCCUGCUGGUAAAAAGAAGAAGAACGCCUAUGAUUCGCAAAGUCAGACCAGUAGUGUGGAUGACUUGGCGGAUAUGAUGGGCGGCAUGGGGAUUCAGACUAGGCAAUGUGAUAUGUGUCUGGGGGAGAUGACUAAGAAGGAGAUUCAAGAGGGGCAGUUGAGAUGUAGAGGGUGCGAGGAUAGUUUGAGCCAGUUGUUGAAGGAGCAGCAGAGUACGCAGGAGAGUGUGGAGAGUAAGGGGAGCAAGAAGCAUAAGAAGAAGAAGAAGAAGGUGAGUGUGGUUAAGGAGAAGGUGAAGGUUGAGAGGAAGACUAGAGGGAGGGGAAGGAAGGUUGUGGUGGAUAGUGAUGAUGAGGAAGAGGAAGAGGAGGAUGAGGAGGAGACGCCCAAGAAGGGCAAGAAAUCUCGCGAUAACAGGAAGCGGGUUGUCGAUAGUGACGACGAAGAGGAUGAAGGCACCUGGCUGGUGGGAGAGUCACAGAGAAGCACACUUGACCUUGGUGUUGCCGGUGGCACAGACGACGAGAACGCCGAGGGCACCGGCGAGGACAUCGACUCCAACGAAGAGAUCUCCGAAGACUCAGAGGACCCAGAACAAGACAGCUUCGUCGUCAAAGAUAGUGACGAUGACGACGAUGACGACGACGAGAGCGUCGACGAGGACUCGAUAGUCGGCUCCGGCGACGAAGACGAUACGUUCGCCUCCGUCUCCAAGCUCAGCUCGCAAGUCCUCAAGCAAUCCGAAUCCGAAGAAUCAGAGACCGCCACCUCCUCCGAAGAAGAAUCCGAUAUCUCGGAAUCAGAACUCGACGACUCCUCCGAGACAGACUCCGAAGCCGAAUACGGCAUCAAGAAGCGCACCCCCAAAGCCCCGGUACAAAUCUCCUCCAAGAUCCACGAGCUCAUCGCCAUCCUCCGCCGCGAAGCCCCCACCCACAAGUUCAUCGUCUUCUCCCAGUUCACCUCGAUGCUCGACCUCGUCGAGCCCUUUUUGAGGCAUCACCUGCCGGACAUCAAGCACGUCCGGUACGACGGCAAGAUGCCCAACGACGCGCGCGAGGCCUCGCUGCACUCGCUCCGCAAGGACCCGCGCACCCGCGUCCUGCUGUGCUCGCUCAAGUGCGGAUCUUUGGGGCUGAACCUGACUGCCGCGACAAGGGUGAUCAUUGUCGAACCCUUCUGGAACCCCUUUGUUGAGGAGCAGGCUAUUGAUCGCGUGCACCGUUUGACGCAGACGGUUGAUGUGGUGGUGUAUAAGUUGACGGUGAGGGGAACGGUGGAGGCGAGGAUCCUGGAGUUGCAAGACAAAAAAAGGUUGUUGGCGCAGGCGGCGGUCGAAGGGUCGACGGAGAGAGGGAAGAAGAAGGGCCAGGGAUUGAAACUCGGGCUGCAGGAGAUUUUGGAUCUGUUCAGGCAUGAUGGUAGUAGGGCUGUCAAUGGUGCUAACGGCGGGUCUGGGUCCCACGUUGUUGAGGAGAAUGAGUUCGCUGCGGGUAGCAGGACUCCGGCUAGGAGGAGUGCUGCUGGUGCGGCGGCUAAGUCUAAUACGGGGGCGAGGAGGGAGCAUGAGGUUUUUGGGCGGAGGUGGUGAGUGGACAGGAGCGAGCACGCCGUGGUAUAAAUUGGGCUUUUUAGCUUCCUUGCUUGAUGUUAUGAGCUUAUGAUGAGAUAUUAUGAUACAUGAUAAAUGGCUGGGACUCGGUAUACUUGGUUUGGAACUUGUCUGGGUAUAGGUACAGGAUGUUAUGAUGUUAUGUUUAUGAACGACCUUGGUUGAAAGUGUCAUUUCUGUGUGGGAUAACAAACAAUGAAGAUGGAACGACCU